AUGCUCGGCCAGCGUGUGAGCGUAAGAGACGAACCAGGAGUUGUUCGUUUUAUCGGUGACACUCAAUUUGCUCCAGGCACCUGGUACGGCGUAGAGCUUGAUAGAGCCGCUGGAAAGAAUGAUGGUUCAGUUAAUGGCAUAAGGUACUUUGAUUGCACCAAAGAGGGUAUGGUUGGUGUAUUCGUUCGUCAGGCAUUGGUGAAGCCUGCCAAGUUGGCCAAUUCAACCGGCUCCAGAAGCACAUCGAGACCUUCGUCGCAAUCAUCUGAUAUCAAGGAUCUGACUACCAGUACCGCUAGACCUGGAACUUCUCCUGGCCCCGACUCCAGUGAUCCGUCUCCAUCCACACUUCACAAAAUCAUUGAAAAAUUGCAAAGCAAGCUUCAGACAACAACGAAUGAGAUCAAGAAGUACAAGGAAACUGUCCAGUACCAUAAAGACAGGAUGAGCGAACUUGAGGGGCAGGUGGAAAUGGUCAGCAUUGAUAAGGACUUUUUGGCUUCAUCUAAAGAUGAGUUGUCGGCUAAAUUGAAGGAGUUACAACUUAAGUAUGAUGAGCUUAAGACAGACUAUCAAAUCAUGCACGAAGAGACUGAGCUAAACAAACAGAUAGAGAACGAAAUAAAGUCACAAUUUGAAAGCUCAGGGACCAAUAAGGAUGUACAGAUAAUUCUUCUGCGAAACAAGCAACUCGAGUUGGCGUUACUUAACCUUCAAAAGUUAAGCGAACAGUCGGAAUUGACAUUACAACAAGAAAUUAAUUCCUUAAAACAAGAACUUCAAGGUAAACUGGAGAUGGAAAGAAAUAUAAUAAGCAUUAAUAACAAGUUGCGUUUGGCAGAGGAGACUAUUCUGUCUUUGCAGAUACAACUAGACUCGGCAUUGUCACUGGAAAAGAUUAUAGAGCACUUGAACCUUGAGAACGAACGACUCAUAGAGCGAGUUAAUUAUCUUCAGAAGUCCGUGGAUGAAUUAACCGAAUUGCAUGAAUUGGACCGAAGCUUAGAAGAAAAUCAAACACUAGUGGAAACCGAACUCAGAAAUGAUUUGAAAAAUUUACUGGAAGUGAUACGUAAAGAUCAGGCUUUGAUCAAGGAGCUUGAAAAGAAAAAUACCUAUUUAUCAUCAAAACUUAAAAACUCAAGCACGGAUCCUUCGAUUGAGGAAUCAAAUACGAGUACUUCGGAAAGAUCUGACUUACUCAAAGAGAUUGAAGCAUACCAACUACAAAUUAAGAGCUUAAAAACUACCAGCUUUUCGGAUUCAAUUUCUUCUAAAAUAGCACAAUCGAGGGUUAAAUUGUUCCAGGAAAGACUCGAGUGGACAGAUUUACGUGAUGACCACCCCCUCAAGAAAGCUUCACAAGUACUAUACAUGAUCAAGUCAAAUAUAUCCAAUUGUUACGUAUUGGAAGAGGUUAUGGUUAUGUUGGAGAAGAACCAAAUUGAUGAGAGCUAUAAAGCAUGUUUGCUACAUUCAACCAAGACUUUAAGGUUGUUUCUAGAGCUGCUACUUCAUAUUUGGGAGUACCAAUAUGAGAAUAAUGCAGACGAAAUGUUGACCAUUUUAGAGGAAUCAGACAUGGCCAUAACCUCAAAAAUCUCUAUGAUCAGAGAGUUAAACACUGAGGGUGAUACAGAUUUGAUUGGGAACACGAUUACUUCAGUAUCUGCACUCGUACGAUUUAAUUUUGGUAUUUCUUCCCAUGGUAAGUUCGUCUAUGAAUUUGUUCUUAAUUUUAUUGUCAUCACUGAUGAGAUAAGUGGUAAUUUAAUCCCUAGAGCAAGGCAGAAACUAGAUGAGGUGGAAGAGGGAAUGGAACUAAGAGAGCUACUUUCCGAGUUGAAUCACUCGAUCGUUAAGUUCAGCUCCAAAUCCAGAGAUAUUCUUUCAGCUAUUUCUGUCAAAAAUGGAACUCUACAAUUAAAGGAUCCCAAUUUCAAUGUCACGGAGUUUGUGAAAAUAGGAACUCGCUUAAUUGAAGAUUUGUCAACGAUCUUGGAAGGGCUAGCAGUGGACAAACUAAAUCAGUAUUCUACUGUUCAAGAAGUUAUUCCUGAAUUUACUAGAAUUGCAUCUAAUAUCAUUUCCGUUGAUUACCAAUUGUCCGAGUUACCAAGUGCUGUUUUGAUUUACGAUGCUUUGAAAUCCAAACCAGAACUCAAAAUUCCAGAUAAAGAUGAUUCCUUUCAAGAAUUUCAGGAAGUUAAAACUAAGUACGCAGAAGUGACGCAGAGCUUACUAGAAAAGGACCGGAUGUUAGAUGAAUUUCAACUAAAUAUUCAAAUGCUCGAAGGAAACAUGAAAUCACUCAACCAGACACAUAGCGAGCAAUUAAACCGAAUUAAGCUGGACUUGAAAGUAGCACAGCGUGACCACCAAGAAAGUAAGAAGAAAGCCGAGGAGCUCAUGCUCAAAAAUCUUGAUCUAGAGGCUGAAAUCCAGGGCCUUGUUAAGUCAAAUCGUAUUUUGGAAAAUGGAGAUCUCCUAGGAGCAUUUGAUAAUUUAGAAUCGGAACAGCAGGCAAGCCAAAAGUUGGAAAUGAUCGAGGAAAUCGUCUUGUUGAGAAGGAUGGUACAACAAUUCUUCCACAAACAGGCUACUCAAGAUAAUUAUUCAUGGUUAGAGAAUCCAUUAAUUGAGAAUAAGAAAGCCCAAAGUCACUCGGAUAUUGUAAGAAUCUCAAGAACUUUAAGGGGUUUGGCUCUUAAUUCAAAGCCAGUAAAGAUAACCCCGACGAACGAAUGGGUUCCAAGAACAAGCAGGCAGAGGUUCUUGGCGUUGGGAAUAUGGGAAAAUGCAUUGAACUACUCAUGUGAGAGGAAUGAAUUGCUACAGAAUUUCUAA